UCUCUAAAAGCUCCAUGCCACUUCCUUUUUACGCAACCCACUAGCCUUGAAAUAAUACACAUGUCCAGUAGGCUUAUUACUGUACAUUCAGUGGGUGGCGCGCGCACCUAAGAGUAGACAAAACUUCAGGAAGAUAAAGUGUCGUUUUUUUCCCUUCCUUUAAACAUUUAUGUAACCGCCGGAGAGAUUAGGAUCUCGCCACGUGCAAAUAGAAGAGACCACUACACGGUCUGCUCCCGGACAUUUUCGGAUAACCAUAGAAAUGACGUCUGGUUUCGAGGCAACGCGCACACGGAACAGCCAGCGCUGCAGUCACUGAUCAUCGUCAUGUCGGCUUGGCUCAAGCCCCCGAGCUGGAAACUCUCGCGUUAGUUAGCGUUAUUUGCUCUCUCCACCCCGACAACCCUGCCUCCCCUCCCUUCCCUUCCCGUCCGUGUUCCUCUCUCUCUCUCUCUGUCUGUGUGAGGCACAUGAAAUUCGGAGGCGAUAUCCUCCUGAAACCCUGAACGCAGCAGUCAUCGAAGCGAGCAGCGAGACCCCCUCCCCACACAACAUGGCUACAAUUGUAACCUCGACCAGGUUUACCGACGAAUAUCAGCUUUACGAAGAGCUGGGAAAGGGUGCCUUCUCUGUGGUUCGAAGAUGUGUAAAGAAAUCCUCCGGACAGGAAUAUGCUGCGAAAAUCAUCAACACGAAAAAGCUAUCAGCAAGAGAUCAUCAAAAACUGGAGCGUGAGGCCCGGAUCUGUCGUCUCCUCAACCACCCAAAUAUUGUUCGCCUCCAUGACAGCAUAGCAGAAGAAGGAUUCCAUUACCUCAUCUUUGACCUUGUUACGGGUGGUGAGCUGUUUGAAGACAUCGUUGCCAGAGAGUAUUACAGUGAAGCCGAUGCAAGUCAGUGCAUCAGUCAGAUCCUGGAAAGCGUCAACCACAUUCACCAGCAUGACAUCGUACAUAGAGACCUCAAGCCUGAGAACCUCCUGUUGGCCAGCAAGAUGAAGGGAGCAGCAGUGAAGCUGGCCGACUUUGGGCUCGCCAUCGAAGUGCAGGGAGACCAGCAGGCGUGGUUCGGCUUUGCGGGCACCCCUGGCUACCUGUCACCUGAGGUCCUGCGGAAAGACCCCUACGGCAAGCCAGUGGACAUCUGGGCCUGCGGUGUGAUCCUCUACAUCCUGCUGGUGGGCUACCCUCCCUUCUGGGAUGAGGACCAGCACAAACUCUACCAGCAGAUCAAGGCUGGAGCUUAUGAUUUCCCCUCUCCUGAGUGGGACACAGUGACGCCGGAAGCUAAGAACCUGAUUAACCAGAUGCUGACCAUCAACCCGGCCAAGAGAAUCACUGCUGACCAGGCGCUCAAGCACCCAUGGGUCUGCCAACGUUCUACAGUGGCCUCCAUGAUGCAUCGCCAGGAGACGGUGGAAUGCCUGCGCAAGUUCAACGCCAGACGGAAGCUCAAGGGAGCCAUCCUCACCACCAUGCUGGUGUCCAGAAACUUCUCAGUGGGCCGGCAGCAUACCAGCCCUGCUGCUGCCACCACCAGCACUGCUGCUCUUGCUCAGGAAGCUUGCAGGAGUUUGCUCAAUAAGAAUAAAGAUGGUGUGAAGCCCCAGACAAACAACACUAAAAACAAUGUAGUGAGUGGCAACAAAGACAACAACAUGCCUUCCUCUGCACCGAUGGAGCCACAGACCACGGUGGUGCACAACCCUCCAGAUGGGACAAAGGGAUCUUCUGAGAGCUGCAACACCAAUGAGGAGGAGGAUAUGAAAGGUAGGAAAGCGGAGAGCAUUCAGGGCACCAGUAACGACAGUGCCGUGAUGAGUGCCAGCGAAGAGCCGCCCGCCCUGCUGGGAUCCCCGCAGAGCUCCCCUGCCACUCGUAAGCAGGAGAUUAUCAAGAUGACUGAACAGCUGAUCGAGGCCAUGAACAAUGGCGACUUCGAUGCUUACACGAGAAUCUGUGACCCAGGCUUGACCUCCUUUGAACCCGAGGCCCUUGGCAACCUCGUGGAGGGGAUGGACUUCCACAAGUUCUACUUUGAGAACCUGCUGAGUAAGAACAACAAGCCGGUGCACACCACGAUCCUGAACCCGCACGUGCACCUGAUCGGUGAGGACGCGGCGUGCAUCGCCUACAUCCGGCUGACGCAGUACAUGGAUGGCCAAGGUCGCCCGCGCUCCUGCCAGUCCGAGGAGACGCGCGUCUGGCACCGCCGCGACGCCAAGUGGCUCAACGUGCACUUCCACUGCUCCGGAGCGCCCGCCGCGCCCCUACAGUGAGCAGGAUAUACAGCUCACCUGGAUGGCGCCAGGCUGUUAACGCAUCUUCUUUGAGGCCAAACGGGGCACACUGCGGCCAACUGUACAAGGGAAGGAGGGGGGCGUGGUUUAAAAAUGGGAGGAGUUGGGGGUGUUUUGGGUGUAGGGA